UGGUAAUAUCGACCAACCGAAAAUGUUGCAAUCCUUGGAGCGCGAAACCAAAACCAUAAUAAAAUGGCAAUAAAACCGCGAGCUCCAAACUUUACUCUUUUUGGUCAAUUUCACCGAUCCCCGAUCUCUAUCGUGUUUUUCUCUCAGAUUCCUGCAUAUUCAUCUAUUCGAUUUUAAAUUCAAUAUUCUAUUCAUUCAAUUCGCAUCUUCCUCUAUCUAUCGAUUCCAAUUGUGUCUCCCGCCGUGUCCUCGAUCUGAUUCUAGGGUUAGGGUUUUUGAGAAAUCUUUGAAACUUUUUCGAUCUCGAAUCUGUUUUCCUUAUUCCGUAAAUAUUUGCAGUUUAUACUAAUUUUUCGAUCGAAAUUUUAUCUUCGCUGUUUGAAAUUUUCCGUUUUUCUUGUUAAAAAAAAAAAUUCAAGUGCAAAAUUUUCUGAUCUUUUUCUCCCCCCAAUAUUUGUAAAAUUCUUUAUUUUGAGUUUAAUUGCUGUGGAUAAGUUUUAAACUUUUGAAAUUAGGGAUCUAGAAUUUUGGGUGUUGAAUAGGGUUUUGUACGCUGGUGUGUGAUUUCUUCGUCUCGUGCUUUUGUUAAUUAUUUGGACGGUGUUUUUCCAGAAGUUUCUGUUAUUCUCUCGCUUUCACAUGCAAGCCGUAGAUGUAAACUCUCGGCCGUGCAUAAUAAAGAUCUUUGUGCAUUUUUAGUAUGAACCAAUAUUUUGACGAAGUCAACUCUUGCGGUGGCAGAGAAAAAAAAAAAUGAUAAACAAACGGCCUUUUGGUGAUGAGGAUUCUUAUGAGGUUGCUUGUAAGCACCAAAGACAAUUAGAAUGUACUGACGAGCUUUCGCCAGCUGUGGGUGUCAUUUCAUGUCAGAAUAUUACUACAGAUGAUGAAGGUGACAGCAACGUUAGAAAAUUUCAAGAUGAGACGAGGUUUUCAAGUGAUUUGGUCACUGAUGUCUCAAAAGAAACCUACAAAGAACAGCCUGACGUUGCUGUUUCUGGUAGCAUUUCCCAGUUUUUGCUGGUCAACAGCUGUAUAGCUGAAGAUGAAGUUGGGUCAGAGCCAGUAGCUCACCUAUCAUUUUUCCCAGGAUAUUUUGAACACGGACAUCAUCUCAAGGCUUUACUUCAAUCAGAUGAGAUGUAUUCAUCUCCAGUCGAUUAUCCUCCUCGAAAGCCUGUUUCUAUAGGACCAGAACAUCAAGCUUGUGUCCCAGAAUGGGACCAAUCAGGUUCAAACUCUUCAGAUCCUUCAGUCAAGUCAGAUCUUCAAACUAACUUCUUACCGGUAUUGGAUUUGGGGUUCAUGAAUGAUAGGGAUGAGGUGAGGAUGAUGGGUACUUGUGUUAUACCCAUGCCUGGCCUUGAAGCAUCUCCAAAUCAUUGUUUUGAAAAUGGUGGAAGCAAAAAUGAUUGUAGCUGCCUUGACAAGGGUUCUGUCUGCUGUGUGAAGCAACAUAUCACGGAAGCAAGAGAGAAACUAAGAGAAAACAUAGGGCAGGAGCUAUUUGAGGAGUUGGGCUUUUGUGAGAUGGGAGAGGAUAUUGCUAAGCAAUGGACUGAAGAUGAGGAGCAUACCUUCCUUGAAGUUGUCCUGUCAAACCCUGCAUCAUUGGGUAAGAACUUUUGGGACCAUCUGCCAGUGGUGUUGCCUUCCCGAACGCAUAAGGAGCUUGUGAGCUAUUACUUUAAUGUCUUCAUGCUUAGGAAGCGUGGUGAGCAGAACAGGUUUGACCCACUGAACAUUGAUAGUGACAAUGAUGAGUGGCAAAAAAAUGAACUACAAAUGCCUGAGGAUGAUGAGGACUCAGUUGUGGAAUCUCCUAUUAAUGAGGUAGCUCCUGCUUAUUAUCAGGAAGACCAUUUAGAGGAAUGCCAUGGAGACACUGAGGAAAGAGAUGAGUUAGAUGCUUGUAAAGAGGGUGCCCAUGUGGUUUGUAGAGUUGGAACGGAUGAAGAGGAUGGAGGUGAUGUAGAUGAUGUAUCGGGUGCUUGUAUGAAAAAUUCACCUGGUGAUUGUGGUGGUGACUGUGAAACUAAACUUCUGUGUAAGAUUCCUAGCGAUAACACAGAGGAUUAUGAUAUUCAAGAUGAUUCCUGCACGUCGUAUGAGUAUCAGCGAGACAGGGUAGAUCUCUGUGGUCCUCUUGAUGAGGGGAUUCAGGCAACUGAUGUAAGAAACUGCAGUGUUGAAUAACAUGCUCACUUUCUUGAUAUUUUAGACAUAAGCUGCUGGGGUACCUCCAUGAACCCUGCAAUCAUAAAGCUUAGAAGAUAAUUGAAUAAAAUAUGUAGGCGUCUAGAUUCACACCUUGUGCUUUCUGACAAAAGUUGUUUGCUGCUCGGGGAUGUGAAGAUGGCAAAAGUCAGAUGUUAUCUGCAGUAGAAAAGCAGUCUCUCAGUUGGCUGGCCCUCCUUUAAUGAGCUAGGCCAGCAUUAAGUGCCCAGGUUCUAAGAAGUCUUUUGACAUCAAUGCAGAUGGUGAGGCAGGAUUAUUUUGUUGGUGACAGAUAAUUCCCCUUUGAAAAGAAGAUACUCUUGAAAUUUAACAUGUGUUGGAAUAUCACAAGAAGAGUUUUCUUUUUUUUUUUCUUUUUUUUAAUUGGUGGUUGAUGUCCAAGAGUGUGUCAAAAGGAACUCUCAUGGAAAUUUGCCUUCAGCAUGCAGGUUACUUGCAAGAAGAAGCCCAUCCUUUUCCUCUUCUGGACCAGUCUUCCGUACCUCGACUCUACCAUUAGAAGGACAAGGUGUUUUUAUUUUUUAUUAUUAUUAUUAUUAUUUUUUUGUUUUUUUCCAAGUUAAUAAAAUUAUAAGUUUGUUACACGGCUUCACUUUAUAUUUCUCUUAUUUAAAUAUACACAUAUCUAGGAAUUGAGUUUCUUUUUCCCUUAUUCA